AUGUUCACUCCUCUCUCUCCAGCCGCGCACACUCUCUCAAUCGGCGCCUCCGUCUUCGCCUCCUGCGAUAGGAUCUCCGAGAACCAGGCUUAUGAAGGUGCAUUCGUGGACGACGGCAGCAGUAGCUCUGAUGGAGUACUCAUCAGAGCACCCACAAUUAAACACUACCGGCGUGGCUACACACUCCGGCCAGAGAAGACAGGCUUGAAGACAAAUUUUCAGGAUAAUUUAGGCAGCUCAAGCGACCUAAACAUCUCAUACGAGGCUGUAUAUGGUUGCGAUUGUGGAUGUCGCCAGGUCUCCCAACAUGCCAGUUGCUUGAAAAUCGGAAAGCAUGGGCAUACGAAGUGUCACUUUGUGGCUAUCGACAUAUUCAAUGGAAAGAAGCUUGAAGAUAUUGUUCCAUCGUCCCACAAUUGUGAUGUGCCUCAUGUGAACCGUACUGAUUAUCAGCUUAUUGACAUCUCCGAAGAUGGUUUUUUUAAGGUUUGUGUGUCGCGGGUCUAUCUUCUGACUGAAAAUGGCGACACCAAAGACGAUAUGAGGCUUCCUACUGAUGAGAAUCUGCUUGGUCAGGGUGCCAUAUUCUUUUGCCUUAAGUUUCGAAGAUCGCAAGCUUUGGUGUUUUGCAUUUGA